CGCCGCGCUGUGGGUGGAGGAGCUACGCGGGAGCCGGGCAGCGCAGCGGGUUGGCAGGACCGACUGCCGCAGCCUGGGGAAGGACACAGGUGCGGUCAGACCUUGCAGCUCGCUGGGGUCACCUGUGGCCAAGAGGUGAGCUUGGGGGUGUGCACACGAUGACGGACAGCAAGGACUUAGAAGCCGAGAUCCACCCCCUGAAGAACGAGAACAGGAAGGUGCAGGAACAUCUGGGAAACCCAGCGGGAAAGGAAACCAGCGUGAAGCCGCCCCCGCAGUCCCGCCUCUCCCGGUGCCGGACGGUGGCCUUUUUUCUUUCGCUGUUUGUCUGCCUUUUCGUGGUGUUCGUGGUUUCCUUCAUCAUCCCAUGUCCAGACCGGCUGGCGUCACAGGGGGUGUGGAGGAUCGAUUACAAGGCAGCAGUUGCCUAUGACUUUCUGGCCACAGAAGACGUGAACAAGGACAGGAUCCAGGAUGUUCUCUUUCUUUAUAAAAACACCAACAGCAGCAGAAGCAAUUUCAGCCUCUCCUGUGCUGAUGAAGGUAAUUUUGUUUUUACCCAAAAAAUGAGCUCCCUGCAGGAGGAGGAAUCCCCUCGCCCUCUCGGUUUUGGGGGAAGCAGUUGGUGGAAUUUCUGGGAACUUUCAUGUCACUCACCUUCUCACUGGGCUGCUGACCCCAUGGGGUCAACACCAGGGAUCCAGGGACAGAGUCCAGGGCAGGGCCACAGCACGAGGCCGGCACGCUCAGCCCUGCAGACCUGGGUCUCUCCCUCCAGGCUUUUCCUCCCCCUGCACCUUCGUGGCCGCUGUGUCGGGGGCCAACGGCACCGUCCUCUGGGAGAGGCCCGUGGCCCAGAACAGGGCCCUUGUGGAGUGCGGUGUCCCCCAGCCGAGGGGCAGCGGGGCGUCUUCUGCCUGCAUCAUCCUCGGCAGACCUGGCCCUUUCAUUGCGGUAGACUCGGUCACAGCACACGGGCCCUGUGCUUGGUUUUAGGGGAGACCCUGUGGAGCCAUCCCAGCAGCUUCGGGGGGAACGUGUCCGUCCUGAGCCCUCUGCUCCAGGUGCCUGACAUUGAUGCUGACGGGGUCCCAGACCUGCUGGUCCUCACCCAGGAGGAGAACCAGGUCAACGGCUACGUCUAUUCAAGCGGCACCGGGCAGCAAGUCGGCCCCCCGGGCAGCCUGGGUGUGGACGGGACCAGCGGCUUCAUCCUCUAUGUCACCAGUGCAGGUGCCCACUACGUCCUCAUCCCCUGCGGCACCUCCCUCUGCAGCCACUCAGUGAAGGGCCUGUAUGAGAAGGCCACCGGGAGGGAGAGCUCGCUCAAGAGCGACCCCCUCUGGGAGGGCAGGCUCAACGCCACCUCCCACAGGCUGCAGGAGCACAGCUCGGGAGCUGUCCGCUACCUGAUGAACGUUCCGGGGAAGGUGGGUGAGGACCUGCUUCUUGUGAGUUCCGAGGCCUGCGUGCUGCUGGACGGGCAGGAGCUGGUGCCCAGGUGGACCCUCGGUGCAGCCCAGGUCCUGAGAAAACCCAUCCUCGGCUACUACAAACCCGACACCCCAGCCAUGGUCAUUGAGAACGGGACCGGCUCCGAGAGACAGAUCCUGCUGCUGGACCUCAGCUCCGGGGCUGUCCUGUGGAGCCAGGCUCUCCCAGGCCUCCCCAGGGACCCGCGGUCCGCCAGCCUUCCCACCGCAGACCACCGCUCCGCCUUCUUCUUCUGGGGCCUCCACGAGCUGGCUGGUGCCAACCAGACGUCAGGAGCGUCCAGGAGGGUCAGCCUCAUGCCCCCGCUGCACUCCCUGCAGGAGCCCGGAGCCACCGGGCACCACCUGUACAUGUUCCACCCCACGCAGCCCGGAGUCCUGCUGGAACUGGCCAACAUCUCCACCCCUAUUGUCACCUUCCAGGGUGAGUGCGCCCCGCAUGGGCCCAGGCUGCCAGCCAUGGGAGGCCUGUGCUGGCUGGUCCCGGGACCUGAUGGCCAUGUCCCCACAGUGGUUCUGCUUGAGCCGAGCCGCCACGCUGCCUACAUUCUCCUGACGGGCCCGGCCAGCCCGGAUCCACCCGGCCUGGUCUCUGUGGCCAAACACAAGGUGCGGGACCUCAUCCCGAGCAGCAAGGUAGUCCGCCUGGCUGAGGGUGGCCCCGACAGCGACCAGGCCGUCAGGGACCGGUUCUCUCGCCUACGGUACCGGAACGAGGCCUAGACGUGGUUUGGCCAGAGCCCGAAGCGGAGGUGGCUGCUGAAAUUUCACAUCCUGGGAAGUCAGCCCUUCACUGGCUCGGUCUGCACGCCGACUCCCGACCUGGUGACCUGGCGACGCUCUCCACUGGGCCCGUUACCCCAGGGACGUGCCAGGGCCUCUCCCCUCUCCCGCCAGCAUGCCAGGUCCUCACUCAGGUCCCCACUCCGAGCCCCACCCAGGUCUCCCUGGGCAGAGCCUGUGCUGGCAGCAGCUCACCCUCACUCCUCCAUGCCUGGCCAGAGCCUUGGCUGCAGAAUCCCCUCCCUCUUUCUGUCUGAGCCUUGCCUUCUCUGCACUGUCUCCCUGGGGUCGUGGAGCUCAGAGGGUGGUGGGCCCUGGUGGCUUGACGCAGGCCCACACCCUGGUGUGGUUGGUGGUAACUCGCCCUGGAGAGCCCAUGACAGGGCCCAUGAGGAAUGGGUCCUGGGAGGAUGUGACGGAUGGGCUGCCUUGAGCUGUGAGUGUCCCGAGGACCUGGCCCCAGGAUGUGCCCUGGGGUCAGCGUGCACCCCUGGGUACACACUGGAGCUCCUUGUCCCUCAGGGAUCCCUGCACCCCUGGGUGUGGCCAGCGGCCCCUCCUUCCUGGUGCUUGGACACCCCCCCACAGUCGGUGUCACCUGAUGCAAGACUCACCUCUGUGCCUUGGUCACCCCAGACCCGCCUGGUGCUGUGGGACUCAGCCGUGCCCGGACAAAAGCAAGCAGCCUGAUGACCGCGGGUGCCUCGGGAAGAAAUCAGAAUAAACACUGGUUUUGCACUGUC